CAGCCAACCAAAUUGAAAAAAACAAACUCCUAGGGCUUCGGAAGGUUCGUAUUUGAUAAAGUUGAAAUUUUUAAUUCAUACAAGUGGCCACUUAGAGCAAAUUUUGUACUGUCUGAAAGUGAAUUAGUUAAUAAAGUUGAAUUUUUUAUUCAUAAAAGUGGCUUCUUAGGGCAAAUUCUGCACCGUCUGAGAGUGAUUGUUUCCUGCUCGUGCCAAUAAAGACAUUUUAGGCUUCGUCAAAAUAACUACAUGAAUACUAAAUCUAACAGACCAAUUCAGCAAGCAGCCUACUAAAUCUAGUAGAAUUUUACCACCUUGCAUUGCUACUUUAAUCCAGGCAGUCUACGGCAGCGAUCAGAUUCUGUGAUCUGGCAAUAGCGCAAAACUAAGUCGAUUUUACCAUGGUUUGGGACAUUUGGUGUCAGUAAAUCUUAAACAGCCCGGUGCUUUGUUAAUUACUAGGGCACCCAAAAUCCUAAAUAAUUAACAAUGCCCAGUAGUUUGUUUAUUUUUAAGGAAGCGUUUCCCCAUAGCUUGUCCAUGUUCUCUGUACCUUUUCCAUCUACAGUAGAGCAAUGCAGAAGAUCCUAUAUAUAUUUCUACUUAUUCUUUUCCUUUCAUAUUGCUUCAACUAUCUGCAUUUUUGGGCUAGGAAUUGUGUUUUGAGCUGCAUUAAAGCAAUGUCUCAGAGAACUCUUUUCAAACUUGAUGGCAUUUAUAGCUUUUCCAGGCAGAAAACAGAGGUGGAGAGACUGAAGGAAAAGCUGCCAAGGAUUGAGAAGGUUGAAUUGGGCAAAGAUAAAGUGGUUACAUUCGUGCAUGAUCCCACUACAACUGCUGCAGAAAUAAGAAAAGCUCUGGAAGAUAUGAAUUUGCAUCCCACUGAUAAUCGAAUUAUAAGGAAUGAUGAUGGAUGGAUCGGCCAUCUGAUGGGUGGAGCAACCGUUUUAGAUAUGAAAUAAAGAAAUGGCAUGAGAUACAAAUGGCCUCCAUGAUUACCAUUUUCACGCUUUAAUUUCCUUUUUGUUUUGAUGUAAUGACAGUAUAUCAAAGAAUGACAAGAAGCUAUUACAGACAGCAUGGAUGAAAUGAUGGUUGCUAAUUAUUUAAUAAAAAGUAGCUGAGAUCUA